AUGUGCAGCCAAUCCCGUAUGAGGAACCAUGCAAUGCGCACUCGCGCUCGCCAGCUGUCUGCUGGUAAGGGAACGAAGCGUGGAUUUGAAAGUUUGUGUGGGAGUGAUUCGGAUGAGGAAUCAGCUUGGCUGAGCUCUGAUAGUGAUCAUGAUGCCUCAGCUUUGCUUGUGCUUCCGAUUAAGGCACGGCUCAUGGGGAAAGACCUACACGAGAGUUCCGGCUCACUGGAAGCAGGACAGCAGGCCGUCUCCCACCAAAUGACCCCUAGUGCGUCUGCCUUGUCUGGCAAAACACGUAGGGCAUACUGGAAAACUGACUUGUCAGAUCCCGCGGGUCGGGUUGUCAGCGGCAGUCGGAAAGAGGUCGAGGCGACCGAAGCUCUGCUGCAGCUGUCAAUGAGUUCGUCUGUGGAGCUCGCCGGCGGUGGGGCCCGAGGGCAAGGUGAGGAAGAGCCUCAACCGUCAACGUCUACCCGAUCAAGGCGAAGAGCUCACCGUGCCCGAGAGCAAGGUGAGGAAGAGCCUCAACCGUCAACGUCUACCCGAUCAAGGCGAAGAGCUCACCGCUUGCGAAAGCCUCUUUCUGUGGCUGAACGCGCGGAAGCUGAGGUACCAGCUGCUCCUGCUCUGGGGAAUUUGGCAUACUGGAAGAUUGCCUUGUCAGAUCCCGCGGGUGGGUUUGUCAGCGACAGUCGCAAGGAGGUCGAGGCGGCCGAAGCUCUGCAGCAGCUGUCAAUGGGUUCGUCUGUGGGGCGCGCCGGCGGUGGGGCCCGAGAGCAAGGUGAGGAAGAGCCUCAACCGUCAACGUCUACCCGAUCAAGGCGAAGAGCUCACCGUUUGCAAAAGCCUCUUUCUAUGGCUAAACGCGCGGAAGCUGAGGUACCAGCUGCUCCUGCUCUGGGGAAUUUGGCAUACUGGAAGAUUGACUUGUCAGAUCCCGCGGGUGGGUUUGUCAGCGACAGUCGGAAGGAGGUCGAGGCGGCCGAAGCUCUGCAGCAGCUGUCAAUGGGUUCGUCUGUGGGGCGCGCCGGCGGUGGGGCCCGAGAGCAAGGUGAGGAAGAGCCUCAACCGUCAACGUCUACCCGAUCAAGGCGAAGAGCUCACCGUUUGCAAAAGCCUCUUUCUGUGGCAGAACGCGCGGAAGCUGAGGUACCAGCUGCUCCUGCUCUGGGGAAUUUGCCCAUUUCCAGUCACUUGUUUGUCCGUCUACCGGUCGUAGACAAAACUAAACUUUUGAGAAGAUUUAGUCCCACAACUGCUGUAUGUGAAGGCUGGCGUACGGCAAAGCCGACCGUGUUGCUGUCUAGGGCGCACGACUACCUUGCACAGCCCUCACUCACCCCCGAGGAAAUGGAAAAGCUAACAUACGAUGCUGAGCGGUUGUGCAAGUACCUUGCGCACAAUAAGCCCCGGCGGUGGGGCCCGAGAGCAAGGUGA